CAUUUCAAUUCAGAGAAUCGGAGGGUGUCCACGCCGCUCACCAUCCCCGCUUUUUCAUCUUCGUCAUCGUGGGGAGGGCUCCGAUCGCUCCGGCGACAACGAAGCUCCUAGGGUUUUCCUGAAACCCUAAUCGCCUUCUUUUUCCUCCUCAUCUUCUUCUUCUUCUUCUUCUUCUUCUUCUCUUCGAUCUCGUGGGAUUCGAUCCGAUUUUGUGUACCUCCUCCUCUCCUCCUUCGAUCGCGAUGCUGGGUCGGAAGCUCUACAAGACGAAGCUCUGUAUACUUUACCAGAAGGGCCGGUGCUCUCGGCCCACCUGUAACUUCGCCCAUGGCGAGGCCGAGCUCCGCCGCUUCGCGGGGUCCUUCGAUGGAAGACGGGACUACAGAAGUGGUGACUUGAGAGAUAAGCUUGAUAGAAGACAUUCUCCUCAUCGAAGGUAUUCCCCUGGAAGAGGUGUUAGAGGCCAUCAUUCUUUUCGCAAUCAAAAGCCAAUUUCUCGGGACAGGGGUUCUAGUCUCUCAAGGUCCCCUAUUCGGAGGAGUGACAGAAGACAUAGAAAGAAGCAAGUCACGGAUGGAGAAAGUGACGCCUCUGGAAGCUUAAAAUUUUCUGACAGUAAUAAGGAUAAACGAGGGGAGAAACUUACUUCGUAUAAUGAGAGAGAUGACCUUCAAGAACAGUUGAAGCACAUAGAGUUGGAUGUUGAGAUGCUAGACGAUGAAAAAUCCCAACUAGAGGGCCUUCUGGAGGAGAAAGUUGAAGAAGCACACAAGCUCUCUACUGUAAUAGAGGAUCUUGAGUUGCAACUGAGUAAAGAGCAAGAAGAAUGUAAAAGGAUUACUUCGAAAUUGAAGAAGUUUAUUAAAGCGCAUGGGCGUCAUAUGAAAGCACAAGAGGAGUUAAAAAGGUCACAAGCCCGUCUUCAAAAAUUAGCCGAAAUGUUUGAUUCUGAAACCAUAAAGCCUGCAAAUGAAGAAGAUUCGAGUGCAAAUGUUCAUAGUGAAGGUGAACCAAAUGGUGAUUAUCAGAUAAGCCCAAACAGUAACCAGUUGCAGAAUCAUGUUUCUUCAAGCAAGAAAAGAUUUUUGUCCUUUUCAAUAACUAAUGAAGCAGAAAAAGCAGGAAAUUCAAGGAAAAAAAAUAGAUAUUCAGAUGUGUUUUCUAAGUCAGAGAUGCAGAAUUUGGAAGGAACUGCUGUUCAGUUGGAAAACGAGAUGGCAAAAUCACUCACUGUUAAAAGCAAGAUGGUAAUAGAAGAUAACAAGAGUAAACGAGGAAAAUAUGUUUCUUCUAGUUUAAAUUCCUCAGAAAAGGCAAAGGGUUCUGAAACGAAAAAUUAUAUACCCUCGACGAGUAUGGCUGGUCAUGCUGUAGAUGAACUGGUUGAAGCUGUUGAUUUGGAGGAGAAACCUGAAUCAACGGAGGCUAAUGCAAUCCUUGACAAGUUAGCUGUGAAAAAUCAAAUCAGCUCGUCUUAUAUGCCACCGCCACUUCCACCUGUAAUGCAAAAUGCUUACAAACAGUAUGAGGGCGUUGAUGAGGAAGUGGAUGUGGAAAAGGUGGAUCCGGAGAUGGUAGAUAUUGAUUUCAACGGCGACGUAGAUAUCGAGCAUUUAUAAUGUAUCUGUUUUAUUUGCGAGUGUUAUGAACAGCCUAUUUGCAUGGCUAAUCUGUUGUCAAACUUUGUUGUCCGAGUCUCUUAGAUAGAAUUGUUUUCUCAUUUCCCCCGGCCUCAAUCUUUGUUAACUAGCUUAUGGAAUAUGAUUCUCCGAUCGAAACAUCGUUGCAGUUAUAUUUCGUUGCCA